AUGCCCACUCACGGUCGCAUUCGGGAUCCGUGUCAGGCCCAACUCCACAGACCAUCCCGGAACAUCCGGCAUCUCCGACUCCACCGCCUCAACUACCCCAGACCUCACUCUGCCGGACCCCCUGGAGACAGUGAUUCGGAGCCGGUGUCCCCCGUCUCGGACACGCACUCCAUAUCGACGACGCCCCGGUUCCAAGCCAAGGACACGCCCGGCGACGACUUUUCCGUGGGAGGGGACCUCCAGGUUCCUCGACCCAUCAGCAAGACUCAGCCGUCAUGGGACCCCUUCACGGGCACGCCCUUGGUGGAGGAGGAAGAUUUUGAGAUGGGACAGUCCACGGAUCCGAGCCCCCCUGCGCCUCAUGUAGGUCAAGGCCAAGGUCAAGCUCCUCCUCCUCCUCCUCCUCCUCCUCCUCCUCAAGCCACACAAACCGUCACCGCUGUAAGACCGCGGGCAAACACGGCCGAUGACCCGUACGACGACUGGGUCGUUGUGUCGCCGCAGUCGCCUCCCUCUGGUCAGAUUCACGUGGUAUCACCUCAGUCACCGCCACAGGCGCCGCGGUCAUUCGAGCCUACGGAGUCGAGCAGAGAGGUUGACGAGGACGAUCAUGACGCGACUCAUGGUUCCAGUUCAACGGGUCUCUUUAUUGUACAGCCGUCCCAGCAGUUGCAGCCGGUUCAGCAGCAGGCUGUCCAGCAGCAGCCGGUACAGCAGCAACAACAACAGACCAUACACCAUCUUCCAUCACAGCAGACUUCUCCCCAGCGCCAAUCAUCCUUUGUUGGCCUCCCGCCCAUCAGGCGAAGUUCUACGUUCGGUAUCAAUCUGACCAAGAGGGCGAAGAAACGCUUUCCCUUGGAUGAAGACGAUGAUAACAACUUCGUUUCCUCCCCGGUCGCCACGACAACUGAUCAGUAUGGCAACGAUGGCGGCUCUUCAUCCCGCUACCAGCAGGGGGAAUCUAGCUGGUCUGCACAGCAGUCUGCGCAGCCCAUUCGGGUCGACACUGGGCCACCGCGCUUCCGCAAAGACAGCAACAUGUCACACAACGUUCUCUCGGCAACGUCAACUCAGGCGGCUACGCUGGCGACCGAGAGCAGUGGGAUGACCGGGCAGGAUCUGAGAAUCGACGAUGAGAAGAGACCCCUUGGACCGGGAGUGGCAAUGAAGGGUGCCGCCCGUGUACCAGGACCCAUUGACACGAGAGCAGCGAUGCAACAGAAUGACGGUCGAACGAGCGGUCCGCCCUAUGGUCCAGGUUUGCCUCCUCACCAGGGGAUUAUGUCUCCAACUUUUGGAGGCAACCCGAUCCAUCACCUUCCUCCUCAAGGCCCUUGGAAGCUCGAAGAGUCGCAUUUGUCUGAGCCGCUGGCCACCAGCAGGAAUCGCCAGUCUGGCGGGUCUUUGUCACCUCACCAGCAAACCUCCUUUGGAAUCGACAAAGAAACCGGCGUGCCUUCGACGGCAGCGCAACGACCCGAAACGCAGUUGCCGCCUAGGCAGAAGUUUUCUGAAGUGCCUCCGUCAUCAGCGCAGCGUUAUCCUGGCCUAUUCACCCCUCAAGUAGGAUAUCAAAACCCUAGCUCUCCCACAGGACCACGAGACUCCGAAGACCUUGGUCAGCAUUUCUACAACCGCGAUUCUGCCUCGCUGUACAGGACGCAGACGGGUGACUCGGAAGUUAGCGGCGUUGAUCCUUCAAUAGACGAGGAGCGUGGCCGCAGACGAAGCUCUGGCUUCUUGAAAGAGAUUGGAGGUCGCAUCUCGCGUCACACCUCGCGGGAACGGCCAGCGUCCAAGGCUGGAAGCGGAGCGCCGAGCUAUAUGGCCGGUCCAGACGUGCGAGGGGAUGCCGUGUCUGAGGCGAGUGUUGCCACUGGAGAGCUGCAAGACCGCCAGAGACGACGUUCAAGCUUCUUUCUCAACUUGCGGGGUUCCAAACCUUCCGAUGCCGGCGAAGAGAUUACGCCGUCGCCAAAGGCGAGCCCGAACCCGGGCGGUCCGUCUCAGGCCCAGCCACCGCCGGGAGGGCCGGCGGAGAGAAAACGUUCCUUCUUCGGCCCCGGUGCCGAUCAAUCUGCCAAUUUCCCCAUGCCUAACCUGUCUCGUUCGUCAACGUCGACUGCUGGAUAUGAAGUAGCAGGCGGAGCCAUGGGCCCUCCCAAGAAGCGCUUCUCUGGCUUCACGAGCAAGGUGUUUCCUCGUAGCUCGAGUCAGCAGGAUUUACAGGUACCACAGAAGCCUAGCACAUCUCAUUCUACCACGACUUCAACCAUGUUCGGCCGCCCGCCAAGCACGCAAGGAAGCCAACCUGGCAAGCCUAGCCCCCUAGCCGCUCAGGGGAGAGAAAGGAGCAACACCACUGGCACAAAACGACCGGUGUCCGACUUGCAGAGUGAACGCCGUGAAGCUCCCAUCGCGCCUGCUAACGAAUCGCACGAUGAACACGUCUCACGGAGAAAGUCCAGUCAGAUGUUGAAUAUGGAGUCAGAACCUUCUUCGCAAUCCUUUGAUGCUCCGGCGCCCCCAUCGCAGAGAGAACAACCCUCACCGGGACGCCGUCAUCUCACUGAGCAGAGGCAGCCUUCUCUAUCAUUCCUACAGGCAGAGGAGCAACUCUCGCGCCCUGAGCAGUCAGAAGACCAGACCGAAGAGCACUGGGUUCCCCCCGGAUUCUCGGCCGAGCCAACACCAGAGCCAUCAAUCAGACACAGCUACGGACGUGAGAACUCGCCCGGGCCGCAGACACCGCCUCUGGGCCAGGCGCAAGGUAGUGCCAACCACCACCAGGCUCUCGGCGUCCAGAAGUCCGGCCAUGCUAGACGGACCUCGGAGCAAUCUGCGUCGCUGCUGUCUCCUUCCUCCAACUUUAGGGCACAAUCUCCCAACGGGGCAGUCGGCCAUUCUGAUACCUCGCAACGAUCGUCGAUAUCGAAUUCUCCGAAGCCGGCGGCUGUUGCUCAGAUGCCGGCGACGAGGGCAGCUGUGGUCUCGGACGGUCGAGGGCCUCUGCCGGAUCCUCGACGACCAAGUCCAUAUUCAGUGCGUUCAAGCGAUCAUCCAAGCAACCAGAACCCCGGCCACAACAACAGAUGCCACAUCCAAGCCAGGCUCAAAACAUGCAGCCGCAGCCGCAGCCGCAGUUUCAGCCGCAGCAACCUUACAAAAGCCAAGGCCAGCAAAGGAUGCCACCAGCUGUUCCAUUAUCGCAGAGGAGUCAUCUGCCGCAACAAGGACCCCAUCACAUGUACCAAGAACAGCGCCCAUCCAUGGGUUCCUUUGAACAAGGGCGUCCCCCUCAACACGACCGCCCCCAAUACCCAACCCUACGUUGAACCCCAGUACGAUCAAGUCCCUAUUCCGCAAGGAUAUGCUGCCGUUCACGGUGAAGGGGGCGUAGCUCCAUCCCCGUACGCUCUCUCACGUACAUCGCCACCGGUUCAGUAUCCUGCCUACCAUUCACCGCAGGUGCCGCAUUGGGGCCAGCCUCCCGUUGCUCAGAGACACCCGUCCGAGAUAUCAAUGUACAGCCACCCAAGCCCUCCUGUACCGCAAGGACAGCAGCUGCUUCAGGGCCAUCCUCAGGGAGCUGCAUGGCCUGAGGGUGACCGCCGCGUGAGCAUGGCGUCUCACCAGUCCAACAUCUCGCAUGCCAGCCACAGCACGCAGGCGGUCCCCGGUCCGCAUGGUGAUGUGCCAAUCUCCAGUCAGCAACAUCAACAACAUCAACCACAGCAAGACCAGAGAGGAAUACGGGUAGUGAACCACGAUGACAGCCAGAUCGCGGCUCCAGGCCCGCAGUUUGGUCAGCAAACCAUGCCGCCAACGCAACAGCCUCAACAGCAACGAUACUCUCUUGUCGACGCGGCGGCUCCAGCCGCAGCAUCUCCCCAGAUACAACAAAGUCAGAGCCGAGGAAUUCAGGGAAAGCAAGAGGCCAGCUCUCGUGAGGCGCAACAGAACGCCACCAACGUGGUCCACAACUCUCCUGAUAUGCACUCAUCUCCCCAUCAACAGAAUCAGGCCCAUCCAGCACAAGGGCUUGCGAUCGAUGCUAGUAGUAUGACGGGAAAUAACUCCCGCAGCAUUUCCGACAAUACACAAGGGCCUGCGGAGAGAAUUAUAUCGCCUGAUCCUCCAGCACCAGCGCCAGCACCCGCAGCACCUCGCCUCAGCGUCAACGUGCAGCAAGCAAACCAAAAACCCAAAGACAACGACCUCUACGAACCCACACCGCGCCUGCCCUCCAACCCUUCCCAGCCGCCGGCAGCACGGCCUAUAGUCGCCGCGAACACGGGCCACAGCAUGGUCAGCGACAGCUCUGCCGACGAAGCGCCCCGAAACGCCAGCCACGCCAACGGCAGCGCUGGCGCUGCGGCCUCGACUACCCUGGCGAGGGGCAAGAGCACGAGAGCCGAGCUGGAGGAUACGGAAGAUGAGCGUCAGAGAACCAUGCGUCGUGAGGCCCAGGAGGAGAAGAUCCUGGUCGACCCUUACGAGGAGUUGUCGUCUGGAGGGGUGAAGUAUAGGAAGGAAGAGGAGCCGGCGGAUGUGCCUCAGAUGAGCGCGACGAGUUACCCUGGUCAGGAGUGGAAUCCCUACGGAGCUGGGGGGUAUGAGGAUUGGGACUGA